CAUCGCCGGCUCGGUAUUGCCGUCAAACGUAGCUACGCUCGCGGUAAAAUGCUACGUUCCAAAAGCAAUUUAAAAUUCGAACAUUUUUGAUAUUUUUUUUAAUAUUUUGUGCACUAUAAGAUGCGUUCGUCAUCAACGCAUGAUAAUAAUGGGACUUCUUCAGCAUCGCUGGCGUCUGCAAGGAGUUCGAGCAAAAACAGUUCAAAUGCCGAUGUGUUGGAUAACAUGCAUGAACUGGUACCAGCCGACAUAGUAUAUGUAGCUAGCAGCAUCUCCUCUAAAUACAAUGAUCCUUUUUUCGAUGAAGUGGAGGAACUUUUGGGAGCGUCCCCUGCACCUCGUCCGUGCACUCUGGUGUGGCGUGACGUCACAGUUCAUGUCAAGCUCAAGGAUGGGAAGCUCAAGAGACUGGUUAACAAUGUAAGCGGAAUUGCCAAGCCAGGGACAUUGGUGGCUCUCAUGGGACCAAGUGGAGCUGGCAAAACCACAUUGAUGACCGCAUUAGCACACCGGAGUACAAGCGACACGAUCAUAGACGGAGAUAUAGCAAUGAACGGCAUCCCGGUGGGAGACUUCAUGCACCGAGAGAGCGGGUACAUGCACCAGGAUGAGCUCUUCGUGGAGAACCUCACCGUUAUGGAACACCUCACUAUCAUGGCCCGGCUCCGCAUGGAUCGACGCACGACACCUCUGGCGCGUCGGAGAAAAGUCAACCAGCUGAUGAGACAGCUAUCUCUAUACGGAGCCCGACAUACGCGGAUCGGUGGGUUGGACGGACAGAAAACACUGUCCGGUGGCGAGAGGAAACGACUUGCUUUUGCUACAGAGCUCCUAACCGACCCGGGUCUUCUAUUCUGCGAUGAACCCACAACGGGACUGGACUCGUCGUCUGCGCAGAAGUUGAUAACUCUACUCCGAGCCAGCGCAGUCCAGGGCAAAACUGUGAUAUGCACCAUCCACCAGCCGUCCUCAGAACUUAUGGCGCUGUUCGAUAGGCUAGUGUUAUUAGCGGAGGGAAGAGUGGCUUUUGCUGGCAACGCUUCAGGAGCGCUGAGUUUCUUUGAAAGUUUGGGCUAUCAGUGCCCCAUCACGUACAAUCCUACAGACUACUUCAUCAAAGUCCUGGCUCUAACCCCUGGGUCCGAAGACGCAUCGCGUCAGGCCAUCAAGAGCGUAUGCGACAGAUUCGCCGUCAGUGAUGCUGCUAAAGAACUUGACAUGGAGAUACAUUUGGAGUUUCAUCUUAUGGACAACGAAGAUGUGGAUAGUAGGCGAGUGAAAUACAGUGACCAUAAGCCACCAUUUUUUCACACGAAGGUCCUUUGGCUUGUCUACAGAUAUUUUAUUAUAAUAUUAAGGGAUCCUCGAGUCCAGUUUGUGAGAAUAUUACAAAAAUUGGCCAUAGCAUUGACAGCGGGAUUAUGCUUCAUCGGAACAGCUCGGCUCACUCAAGCUGGUAUCCAAGAUGUUCAAGGGGCACUGUUCAUAAUCAUAGCAGAAAACACUUUCUCACCAAUGUACUCAGUACUGCACAUGUUUCCUGAGGAGUUCCCUAUGCUGCAAAGAGAACUGAAGGCUGGGUUGUAUUCUACGCCAGCAUACUACUUUGCCAGAAUGGUGGCUCUGUUUCCAGGUCUCGUGAUCGAGCCUACCCUUUUCACCUUUGUGGUAUAUUGGGUGGCAGGACUUCGAGGCACGUUCUACGCUUUCGGUUUUACUGUCUUUCUGUCCAUCUUGGUCCUUAACGUGGCCAUUGCUUGCGGAUCAUUCUUUUCAUGCGCGUUUGGCUCAAUGCCAAUUGCAAUAGCAUACCUUGUGCCAUUCGACUACUCGCUAAUGAUGACCUCUGGACUCUUCAUUAAGCUAAGCUCAAUACCUAAAUACAUUUCAUGGAUUCGGCAUUUGUCAUGGCUAAUGUACUCAAAUGAAGCUAUGAGCAUACUACAAUGGGAUGGAGUUGAGAACAUUACGUGCACGAUUCCUCAACCGGGCGUGCCUUGCGUCAGCACCGGCGAAGAAGUGUUGGUGAAGUACGACUUUGAACCAAACCAGUUCUGGAUGGAUAUCGUGGCGCUGUUCCUGCUCUACCUGGCCUUCCACCUGCUUGCGCUGUUCGCGUUGAGAUAUAGGACUAGGAGAAAAUAACGAAGAAACUGUAGUAGAAAAUAUUUUUUUUUAUUAUAUCCAAUACAGAGAGACGUAAAGGAAACAUAAUUUUACUAUGCCAAGGAAUAGGUAACCCUUAUCAAUGAUUAUUAAAAGGGGUCACAACCUACAGCAAUGGCGACGCAGAAAGAGAGAGUGAUAGAAAAUUUAUGUUACUCGUAGGUAGGUACUUUCUAUGUAAGUACCUAUGUAUAAUAUUAUAAUUCUUGUUAUACCUAAGAAUUCUUCCCGUUUCUGUGUUUUAUUAGACUAAAGAAAAGAAAUGCAAUGUUACCUCAAAACCUAGAAAUGUUUUGGAAAACCCCAUAGGAAAUGUUUACAAUUAAUUAGGUAGAUAAAUUAUAACGGUAGUUUACGAAACGAGAGCAUAAAAGUGCCUACCCACUGAAGCGGAGCAGAGCGGAGAUGUGUAUAUAGUCGAGUAAUCAGAUUUUUGACAGAUUACGGAAAGUAAUUAUCACGGCAUCUAUCAAUAAUCGGAUUGGUUUGUUCAACACAUCUCCGCUCCACUGUACUUCAGUUGUCAGGCACCCUAAUACCUAGUUUUGUGCCAUUUCAUACUUCAUCUAAGCUCAUAUCUUAUAAUCUAAACCAUUAAAUCUUAGUAGCAUAAUAUUUUGUAAUAAGCUUAUCUUCAGAUCAGUAAAUAAUAAAUUAUUAUUAAAUACACAAUUAUGGCUUAUGGCCACAGAUUGAAUAAUAAUUCGACGACGUCAAAAUCCUAUAAAAAUCGUAUACGCGAUCAGCGUACAGAUUACGAAUGCCUACUCGUGCCGCCCGCGCCACAUAAAAAAAUUAACAUCUGAAUAUACCUAAUAUAAAAGGAUAAAAGCUGAC